ACCCUUCACUUCGCCCCUCCAUUAAACCCGGCCUUGGUCCCUCCCCUCAGCCCACCCUCAGCCCUGCCCUCCACUCCACCCUUUGCCCCUCCCCUAACCCCGCCCCUCGCCCCUGGUACGAGCAGACGAAAGAUACGACUUUUCUCUCCUCUUCCUUCGAAAAGGACGCAGAUAAUCCCCUGGCCCGUCAAGAUAACGACAACGUAGAUAAUCUCCUCUUCCAUGACGAUGAUGAUGAUGAUAACAACGACAUGGACAAUCCCCUCACCUCCCCAGACAUCGGCCGGGCCCCGCUGUGUAGCCUCAUCGCAAAGUCCGUGUAUACAGUCGCUCAGGUCACCGAUGACCAAACACAUACACACACUGGUGACCAUCUACACACACACAGCCAACACAUCACUAAUGACCACCCACACACACUCACUGACGACCAUAUACACACACACAGCCGACACGCACACUCCAUCAAACGGCUAGAGAACAUGGAGGUCCCCUUUCGGAGUCAGGCUGCAGCUGCUUUGUCGCCACCACCGCCCCCAGAAGAGAAGAACAACAACAACAACAAGAAAAUGUCCCCAGAAGGUAAAGAAUUCUCCUCUCCUUCAGUGUCUCAAACGCGCGUUUUAGAAGAAAAACAAGACGGGGAUUCCCCUACUACCGCAGCUGCUUCCCAUUACGUCAUUCCGGGUUUUCCCCAAAGUCACCCCCACCACCACGACAACGACAAUUCGGAAAUUCCCGAUAGGCCUAGCUCCCGUUCGGAAAACUAUAGUUAUUCUAAUCAUCUUUAUCAAAGACAGACGCCUCUUUGGGGAACCCCCUCUGUCUCGGACUCGGCUGUUCAAGGUCGUCCUGAUCGCCCUGUGUCCGACAGGGAUGGACUUGAUGACGUCAUUACCACACCCCUGUCAUCAUCGUCACUAUCGUUGUCAUCGUUUUUGUUGAGUAGUUGGGAAGACAGAAGACAGACGAUAGAGGCAAGUGUCAGAGAAAGACAGUUUGCUAACCUGGUCAGCGCUAUGGAGGCCGCGGAUCUAGAGACGCUGAUGGGCCAAUCAGAGAGCCUAGAUCUGCUCCUGUCCCACAAACCUCUCCCCGGUGUCACUUCCGGUGAUGUGACGUCACUGGAUGACAUGGCGGAACUUGCCAGAUUGGCUGUACAGCUGGGACAGGAGUCGUGUCUAAGAAGCAUCGCCCACCACCAGGGCUGUGAUUGGCUGAGAGAUCUGGAGGACCAGGGCGGGAACUCUCUGCUACACCUUGCCGCUCUCUGUGGUCAGCCUGUCUCUCUCACGACUCUCAUCUCUCUGGGAUGUUCCACGAGGAAGGAAAACCACCAGGGCCUGUUGCCCAUACACUUUGCACUCACUGACAAACACAGCAACAGCAACAACAGGGACAACAGCAACAGCAGGGACAACAGCAACAACAACAACAAUAACACUGAUUCAGUGUUGGAGACAGUUCACAUAAUUGGGAAUGAAGACCGGCGCGGGGAGUGGAUGGCGUAUGCGGUGGACAGGGAGAGGUUUGGCCGUCUCAUUCAGCAGUGCGGUGAUGUCAUUUCCCCUGUCUUAAGUCAGAGUCACAGAGCCAAGAUGUUUGAACGGAAUAAACAGUUACAGAAAAUGAUGGAUUAA